AAAGCUGUAAUGUCUCAGAACUAGUUCAAACUUACUUCACGUUAGCUAAUUCUUGUUUUUUCUUAGUUACUAUAAAAAACCUUCCUCCUACCUCAAUGAUUCCCACAUAUGUAACUGUGUUUGUAUCAAAAGAGAAGAUAGCAAAAACUCAUUUGCGAGAUGCAAAAGGCUUGGUUCUAUGAAGAGCAUGGCCCCAAAGAAGUCCUGCAACAAGGGGAUGUACCGAUUCCGUAUCCACAGGCUGAUCAACUGCUAGUCCAAGUCCAUGCUGCAGCCUUGAAUCCUAUUGAUUUCAAGUUGCGUCAGAAUCCAUUGGGCCCUGUAGAUCUUCCAGUUGUUCCUGGCUGCGACAUGGCUGGGGUGGUGGUGGCAAAGGGAGAUGGUGCUUUGAGAUUUGAUGUUGGUGAUGAGGUUUAUGGGAAUAUACAGAAUUUCAAGGCAGAAGGGAAGCUGAAGCAGCUUGGAUCCCUGGCGGAGUUUGUCGUCCUGGAGGAGGAGUUGGUGGCUGUUAAGCCGAAGAACGUGUCAUUUGAGGAGGCAGCCAGCUUGCCUGUGGCGGUUCAAACAGCAGUUGAAGGCUUCAAGACUGCUGGUUUCAAGGAGGGGCAGUCAGUUUUCAUAGUUGGUGGCGCUGGUGGCGUGGGGACUUCAGCUCUUCAGCUGGCCAAGCAGUUUUACAAAGCUUCUGUGGUAACUGCCACGACCAGUACCGGAAAGGUGGAUUUCUUGAAGGGCUUGGGGGCCGACAAAGUGGUGGAUUACACCAAGACUAGAUACAUGGAAGUCGAGGAAAAAUACGAUUUUGUUUUCGACACAAUUGGCGACUCAAGAAAAUCUUAUGUGGUGGCUAAGGAAGACGCCCCAGUUAUUGACAUAACAUGGCCUCCGUCAAAUCCUAGAGCUCAGCAUACAAGUCUGACGGUUUCUGGGAAGAUUUUGGAGGAACUUAGGCCAUAUUUGGAGAGCGGAAGACUGAAAGCAGUGAUUGAUCCCACCAGCCCAUUUCCAUUCAGUAAUGUUAUUGAGGCUUUUAAACAUCUAGAAACGGGAAGAGCCAGGGGAAAAGUUGUCAUCUCUCCAGUUGUUUCCUCCUCCCAUGAUCUUGCUUUCUGCACCUAGUGAAUUAACCUAAAACAGCAGUCAACUGUGAUCUUUACUCGUUUGGUUCAAAUAAUACCAUUCGAUGGUUUCACUUGCAAACUGA